AUGCACCCCGACAGACAGUCUCGGCUGCCUGGGUUAGCAGUCGAGCCCGCCGACACUGCUCCUGCCACCAAAUUUCCCAAGAAGGCGCUUUUCGAGGACGACGACUCCGACUCGGACGAUGGCGGGGCAGCUGUCAAGGCCAACGGCGACUUCAAGGUGAACGAGGAUUUCGCCAAGAGGUUUGAGCACAACAAGAAGCGAGAAGAGAAGCAUAGGCUCGAGGAAAAGUUCAAAAGGGAAGGCCGCGAUGCCUCUGGUUCCGAGUCCGAGUCCACCGACGAGAGCGAGGACGAAGAUGCGUUUCUUGCCACCGAAGACCUCGACGCUCGAAUCUCCGAGACCCUAAACGCUCUGCGGUCCAAGGACCCCGCAUCUACGACAAGGCAGCCAAGUUCUUCCCCGAAGUCCAUCCUCGCCGAGAUCAACGCCGCGGCCACCAACGGAGACGCGUCAGGCGAUGAGGAGGACGGCUUCCUCAAGACCAAGUCGAAAUCCAAGUCCAAGUCAGACGAUGUCUCGGAUGAGGAGGGGGCGACGAAACAAGGCGACAAGAAGAAGCAGAAGCAGAAGAAGAAGAGCAAGUCGGCCAGCGCAGCCGUCAUCACCGAGGCCGACAUCCAAGCCGCCGAAAGGGACCCAGAGCUGUACCUAUCCAACUUCAUGGCGGCGCGCGCCUGGGUGGGCCCCGACGGUUCCAACUGGAAGGCGUUCGAGUCGGACGAGAACGGGGACUCGGACCUGGAGAAGGCGGACGAGAUCGAAGCCGCGUACAACAUGCGGUUCGAGGACCCCACCAAGUCCAACGAGGUGCUGCGCUCGUACGCCCGAGAUGUGGCCGCCGAGAAGUCGGUGCGCCGCGAGAAGAUGAGCGCCCGCCAGCGCCAGAGGGAGACGGAGCGCGAGCGCAAGGAGGAGGAGAAGCGGGAGCGCAAGGAGGAAAAGGCCCGCCUGCGCAGGCUCAAGAUGGACGAGGCGCAGGCGAAGCUCGAGAGGAUCAAGGAGGCCGCGGGCGUCGGUGGCCAGGACCUCAGCGACGACCAGCUCCUCCAGAUCCUCAACGACGCGUGGGACGACGACCGGUGGGAGGACGAGAUGAAGAAGAGGUUUGGCGAGAGUUACUAUGAAAAGGACGACGUGAGCCUCAGCUCCGGCUCCGAGGCCGAGUCGGGCGACGACGGCGAGCAGAAGAAGAAGAAGAAGAAGAAGAAGCCCAAGAAGCCCACGUGGGACGACGAUAUCGAUAUUACCGACUUUGUCAAGGACUACCAGGAAGACGACGCCGCUCCCGCCUUUAGCCUCAGCGACGUCGAGGAGCAGCAAGACGACGACGAUGAGGAAAUGGCCGACGCAGGCUCGGACGAGGACGAGGACGACGACCGCGUCGCCGCCAAACGCGCCGCCAAGCAAGAGCGCACCCGCCUCGAAGCCCUCGUCUCCGCCAAGCUCGACAUCGAGGACCCCGACCACCUCGCCGCCCGCUCCGCCCGCUCCGCUUCCGGCAGCAGCAGCAAAGCAGCCCCCAGUUCCGCUGGCGCGAAACCUCCCCGCGCCUUCGGCAUGACGGCCCGCGACAUCCUCCUCGCCCCCUCAGACAAGGCCCUCAACCAAUUCGCCGGCAUCAAAAAGUACGCCAGCUUCCGCGACCCCGAGCAGAAGCGCAAGGAGAAGAAGUCCCUCAGCAAAAAGGCCCGCCUUAAGAAGUGGCGCCGCGACGUGUUUGGCCGCGAGUACGAGGAGACGGGGCCGAGCUUCGGCUUCGAGGCCCUCGAGAACGUCGAGGCUGACGCGGAGGAGAUUAGGGUGCCGAGGAAGAGGAAUGACGGGGCGGCGGCGGCGGCGGCGGACCGUGAUGGCGACGACGAUGCGGACAAGGAGAAGAAGAAGAAGAAGCGCAAGAGGAGUCACAAGAAGUCGGGGGAGAUGCGUAGUGGCUCGGCGCAGACAUGCCACCCCGCCACCAAACAUGCUCGUCAACGUAUCGAGGUUGCUCACGGCCAUGCCGAGGUCGUGUCCGAGCUCGGGAGGCUCCAUAUUAAACGGCAUAAACCACGCCGAAGACGCUUCUUGCCCGAACCCAGCCAUUGUUUCGAUUCCCUGCCGGGCCGCAGCGGCGCCGCCGAGUCCGCCAUUCAGGUUCAGCCUGCCCGGGAUGCGGCGGCGGGCGGGUGA